AUGGACACUCCUCUUGAGACCACCCUUGGGGGCCGUUUAACGGCUUACCUCAAUUCGAGUGAGGACUACCGGAAACAACGCCAACGACUCAAUAAACAGUUGAAGCGGUUGCGCCAUGAGCUCGGGCUUGUUGUUCGCGAUACCAAGAACUACUCGAAGAAGGCGAAGACGAAGGAAAUCUCUGCCGAGCAAGUGAAAACCAACGACAAAUAUGCUCUCUUGUUGUUGUUGACUGCUGAGCGUGACAUGCUUUACGCUAACGAGGUCAAACUCCAGUUGGAGACAGCCGAUAACCACGGUAACUACAAAACGCUCAUGAUUACGAAGAUGAGACGUUCCAUCAGUUACAUCAAGCAAUUGCUCGCCAUUACUCCUCAUGCAAACCCCAAGGAAGUGUUGCAAUUAUACGUGUAUGCGGCUCUUGGCGAAGGUCAAGUGGCUAUCACCAGAAGACAGUGGAAGAAAGCCGUGUAUGCGUUUGCUGUGGCUCGAGUUAGUGUUGACUUUUUAAUCAGUCAAAAGUUUUUGGACAAUACGUUGUUAUAUGACAUUAUUGACACGAUUAUUGACCCCUCGCUCAACUUGGCUUUAUCCAAGGAUGGCGCAGAAGUGAAGGAUUUGAAGUCCGCAAGCAGAAAGUAUUGUCAUUCGAAUGUAAUCCCUUAUCUUGGUAAGGUUGUUGAUAUUGUCCACGGGUUGGACCCUUCUUUCGUGGCCGACUUGUCGUCGCAAGUGGAACUUAUUGAUUCGAUUGAAUGGCGUGGGCACCACGCGAAACUUUACAAUGAAGAAUUGGCUUACAAAAUCAUGAAUCUUCAAAAACUCACUCAAACCACCGACUUGACAACGGUUGAGGCUUUUGACAGUCUCAUCUCCGGUUGGGGUGAUGCGGUUGACUUGCACAAAGAAGACACCGCCAAAAAUCAAGAUGAAGAUGACAGUGAAAAUGUUCAAAAUCGGGCCAUUCUCAUGACUUACCUCAGAUACAACUUGUUGUUCACCACCAUCAAACGAGACUUGCUUCUUGUAUCUCAGAUUGAGUCUGAGGGGAAGCUCAAAGAUUGUCACCGUGUGUCCCAAGGCAUAAUACAAGCCACCAAAAAGCUCGAAGAUUUGCCCGGUGUAUAUAAUGAUGACGAUCUUCACACCUCUUUACAACAUCUUGAAGCUUAUUUCAGUGCCAAGCUGAAUGAACUUGUUGCCGAUUGCUAUCACAAGGCUCACAAAUUCCCAGAGGCGCUCAAGAUUCUUGCGAGCGUUUAUGACCUGCUUGACAUCGCCGACGAGGUUUAUAAGGUUGAAUUUCCUUAUGGACUUACUACCAACGAAGAGUACGCUGCCUAUAAACUCCAGUUACACUCCAAAUUGGUUCAAUGUCAAUUGACUACCCAAAUUGCACAACAGGGCCAUGGCGGGAUCAUUGCAGAGGAUAUCAACAUGGUCCCGAGUGUGAUUACGGCCACGAAUGUCAUCAACAUUUCAAAGAAGCCUCGCAUCUAUCCGAUCCUUUCCAAACCGGUGUUAUUCGAUGUUGCCUUUAACUACAUCAACAUGGCUGGAAAUGCAACUCUGACUCAGCCAACCGCCGAGCUUGCUGAAGAAACUCCCGAGGAAGAAAAGAAAAAGGGACUUUUUGGUUUCUUCGGUCGCCGUUAA